AUGAUGCAUCUAGCUAUGGGCCCAAAAACUUACAGCCUGCUACAUCCCAUCUACGUUAAACCGCUGAGAAGAUUCAGCGUUGGAAAACCAACUCUGAGCGAAGAGAUAAACGAAUCAACAUUUGUCGUCGCCGAUAUCGACAAGACUGGCCAACUACAAUCGUUUUGGGAUUAUCUCAAGCGUACCCCAAAAGGCGAACUCGAGGGAUAUAGAGAGAAGCGAUUUGCGGAAGCUAUGCAAAUUGCUGCAGCGGCUUCGGGGAUUACUAUCAACGAGUAUCUAAGGGAUAAUUAUCACUGGGCGAGCCUUGGGAAGGCAAAGUUUAUUUUCUGGCACUGCGACCUUUCUCGUUGGGCGGAAUCAUCAGAUCGAGUCACAUUCCAAGCUCACGACUUCUCCACACCACAGGCAGUCUCAACUGAUGUCUAUGUCCUCAAAACAAUGCUUCAUGACUGGCCGGACAAAUACGUGAUAAAGAUUCUACAGAACUUAAAGCCAUACCUUGAGGCUGGCAGUCGUCUAGUGAUGUUCGAGUCCAUAUUCCCAAGCCCUGACGCUGAAGGCAGGUACAAUUUGCCCUCCACAACUUUACGCAUGCUCUGCACCACUGAUCUUUAG